CAGGUAUGUGCAGACCAGAGCGGGAAGUGAACUAAUAAGGAAGUAAGGUGUUUCCAGCAGGUUAGACUCCAUUCUCACAUCCAUUGAGAGGAAAAGCCCCACACAGUCCUUCUAUCUAUGUGAUUCCCUCACUUCCACUUUCUUCUACUCCAACACCCAGAAAGUUGUAGCCAAUGUCCUGUCUCUGAGUCGCUCCAGCCCACCUUGUCUUCUCCUAGGAAGGCAGAAGUGGGAUGAGAAGGCUGAGAUCCUUGCACUGUUAUUCCCUGGGAACUGAAUGGUUGGCUAAUUCAAGAUGAGCCAUCGGCCAAAGCGUUUUGUUAGUCUCUGGGACUUCAAGGCCGAAGCUCCAGAGGAGUUAAGCUUUAAAGUUGGCGAUGUCUUCGAAGUUUUGGACAGGAGCGGAGACUGGUGGCAUGUGCAGAAACUGAAAGGUGAUAGAAAGGGAAAGCCAGAGGUGGGAUAUGUCCCUUACAAUUUCCUGGCAGAGGAAGGAACGGUGGAAGAGCAAGUAUGGUUUUUUGGAGAAAUGAGUCGCACAGAGGCUGUGAGUCUUCUCAUGGAAGAUGGAAAUAAAAAUGGAUCGUUCCUGAUUCGUGCAAGUGACAAACAUGGAAUUCUCUACGUGCUCUCAGUGAGACACCAGGAUUCCGUCCGGCACUUCAAGAUCUUGAGGAACACAGAGGGAAAAUUUCACCUGAAUAACACCUCCUUUUUCCAUGACCUGAAUCUGCUAGUGGAGUCGUACUGCAAGAAACCAAUAUGUCCAGGGCUGAGCCUGACCAAACCAUGUGUGAAGAAUGAGCCAGUGGUCAGUGACCUAAGCCCAGUACCCUUGGAUGAAUGGGAGAGACCAAAAGAAGAGUUUACCCUUGUCAGGCAACUCGGAAUGGGGAACUUUGGUUAUGUGCAUGAAGGACUUUGGAAGGGAAAACUAAAAGUUGCUAUCAAGACAAUAAAACGAGAUGUGACUAGCCAGGAUCUGUUUGUGAAGGAGACAGGAUUUUUGAAAACCCUACACCACAAGAACUUACUGUCACUGUAUGCAGUGUGUUCUGUCAGUGAUCCUUACUACAUUGUCACUGAGCUGGUACCCAAGGGAGAUCUACUCAAAUAUCUACGAGAUUCAGAGGAAGAUGAGUUGGAUGUUGAAGGCCAACUGGACAUAGCAACCCAGGUGGCAGACGGGAUGCGAUAUCUUGAGUCACAAAAUUGUAUUCACCGGGACCUGGCAGCCAGAAAUAUCCUGAUGGGACGAAACAACAUCUGUAAAAUAGCUGACUUUGGGUUGGCCAGAGUUAUCUUGGAUUCCUACUAUGUGUCAGCCUCCAAGGAAAUUCCCUUUAAAUGGACAGCUCUAGAGGCUUUGGAAUACGGUCGUUAUACUGUCAAGUCUGAUGUCUGGUCUUUUGGUGUUCUGUUGCAUGAGAUCAUGUCACGGGGCAUGCAGCCAUACCCAGCACUUCACAACCAAGAGUUGAUCGAGUUCCUUAAAGGAGGCCAAAGGAUGAAAGCUCCACCUAAAUGUUCCCCACGAGUAUACAAUAUAAUGUUAAUGUGUUGGUCUCUGAACCCCAACGAAAGACCAAGCUUCGAAUAUCUCAAGACCAUGCUGGAGAACUUGUCAAACUAUGAAGUUUCAGAAGUCAACCCCAUACAUUCUAAGCCUAAACCGGUCACGAGGGGGAAAAGAUAAAAGCUUUGUGAGAACCAGCAAUUCCAAGGAAAGAGGAAAGAGUGUCAUCGUUUCCACAACUUGCCAAAUAAGACUGCUAAACCUUUUUGAAGUUCAGAACAUUGUGUAAUUUCCAAUCUUUUGAUGCUUCCAUUGAAAACCAAAGUUAGGAAUUCGCUGAACCAAGUAAAGUAACCCCAAAACUUUUCAUAUAUACAUUUAAAAAUGUGAGGUCUUUGUAUUUCAGUACUAAAAAAAUGAAAAGAUUAUGGUUACAGAGAACAUCCAGGAGGCAAAGUUGGGAAAUAUUGUGUUUUCUUCAUUAAAAAUAAAGGAAUCCGUGUCCAA